AUGUUCCUUUGGGUUAAGGUUCAGAUGUCCUUUAAAAAUGAAUCAUAUGGGCCAAUACAGGGAAACAAAACUUAUAAAUAAAUCUAUUNUAAAUAUUGGAAAAGAUAUUUGAAAGAAGAUAAAAGAAGGAUAUAAAUGUAGAUAGAAUAAAUAGUGCUGAAGAAAAAUUAGAAGAAUUUCAUAAUUUUGCAUCUGCAAUAGAUUAUGAUUAAAUAUUAACAGUAUCAUACUUUUUAAGAAAAGUUCCUGGAUCUUUUGCAGUUGCUUAAAAAAUAAUGACAGAAAUAUAAAAAAGAAAUCCAAAUUUUAAUCCAAAAUCUAUGCUUGAUUAUGGAAGUGGUAUAGGAACAUGGGCAUGGAGUUUCAAGAAAUUGUAUCCUGAUGUUAAAAACAUAGUUUGUGUUGAACCAAAUUUAUAUAUGAGAAAAUUAGGAAAAUUUGUUACUUAAGAUUAUAUUAAGGAUAUUAAAUUUUAUGAAAGUUUAUCACAUACACUAGAAUUAAGUUAUGAUUAUUUUGAUUUUAUAAGCAUAGCAUUUGUUUUAGAAGAAAUUAAUCAUCCUGAAGCAAGAUUAUUAGCACUUUAAUCUUUAUGGGCUAAAUUAUCUGAUGAUGGUAUUAUGGUCUUAGCAUGUCCUGGAUCACCAACAGGAUUCCGUUUUGUAAAUGAUUUCAGAGAAUGGAUAUUAAAAUAAAAAGGGUUUAUUGUUGCACCAUGUUAACAUUAAUAAUCAUGUCCUAUGGCUAAAGAAGGAUUUUAAUGGUGCCAUUUUAAAUAGAUGUUUACUGCUUGGCCAAAGGAUGGUAAUCUUAAUUAUAUAACUAAGAGUAUUCCCAAAGUACAUUUAUGAAAAUACUGCAGUGACUGAGAAAUUCUCAUAUUUGGCUGUAUCUAAAAAACCUUUGAUUUAAGAAGGAUAAGAAUGGCCAAGAAUUACAUUUGAUCCUUUAAAAAGAGGAAAGCAUCUUAUUCUUGAUAUGUGUACAGAAUAAGGAUAAUUGGAGAGGUAUUAAAAUAUAUAUAAAUAUACUUAGACGUAUAGUUGCCAAAUCUCAUGGUAAAGAAGGUGGUUAUUAUGAAGCCAAGCAUUUAAAUGGAGGAGAUCUUUGGAGAUUCCCUAAAUUGCCUCCAUCAAAAGUCGGAAAAAAGAAAAGAAAAUAAUCAGUUAAAAUUAUUUGA